GUUCAAGAAUGGUGUUAAAGCCCGUUUUGUCUACCGUAAUUUUUUUCUUUUUUUUUUUGUUGAUAAUAAAAUUCCUCUUUUUUUUUUUUUCAAAAGUUUCCUUUUCUUUUUCAAUUUAUUUUAUUUUUAUUACUGCAGCAGAAACUCCGAUGGCGAUCGCUUUCUCAGUGUUGUCACUUAAACGGAACAGAUCAAAUAGUAAGGAGUCUGUCAGCAAGAAAUUCUCCAAGCUUAAAUCAGGGUUUUCACUCUUUGGCAGUAAUCGAAAGAAACAUGAGGUGACUGACAACACACCACGUCGUACUUCCUUGUUUCAAUAUUUCCGUAACCAUGAAAUGGGAGGACAAGCGAAAGAUUAUGCUGGGGAUCGUCACUACGAGUACAAUCGAUAUCAUCAUCUCAAGGAAGAGCGAAAUAUGCAUACUCUACCCACGCAUGUUGCACCUAAAUUAACUAGUAUCUUGAUUAAGCGCAGUGGUACCACCCCUUCUUGCAUCCAACACAUACAUCAACAUACACCUAUGCGUAAACGCACUUGUUCCAAUGCCACCAUUUCCAAUAUGACGAUAAAUUCAGAGGAUCUGACCGCAAAGGAAUUUGCGGAUAUUGCCGGUAUCCGUAUCCUGCCCGAAGAAGAAGCAGAAGAAGCAGAAGAUAAAGCAGUAUCAGCAUCAGCAGUAUCAGCAGUAUCAGCAGUAGCCUCAUUUGAAGCUGCAACAGCUGCAUCGCGGAAAUUAACGGUGGAAGAAGAUGACACGAUGGAGAGUUCAAGCUCUUGCAUGGAAGAAUCACUGUCCUUUCAAAUCUGGGACAAUGCCUUUUGGUUUCUUCCCGAGGUAAAAGAGAGCCGACCCACUGUUCAUCUAGACCGAAAGGCGUCUGUUGCCAGCAGUGCUAAAAACCUUAUUGAGCCACCCAUUUUGCAUGAAUUGCGUCGCAUGGGCACUCAUAAAAGUGAAAAGGAUAAUACUUCAUGUGUCAUCAAGAAGGGUCGUUUUGAGAUCCAACUAGCACUUCUCGAUACGCCGCCCCCUUCUGUGAUCGAUGUGCCUUCUGUAAGCCAUCAUCAUCAUCACCAUCAUCACCAUCACCAGCAGAACCAACAGAACCAACAGAACCAACAGCAGCAGCACCAACAGCAGCAUGAUACCUUGUCAUUCUCCAAUUCUAAUGUAGUGGAAUGGAAACGCAAAGGAAAGAAACCUCUUUCUACUUUAACUUAAAAAUUAUCUAUACCUGUAUACUUGUCCCAUAUUUUAUUUCUCUCCUUCUAGUCUUUCUUUUU